AACAUUUAUCUGUUUGUGUGUAGUCUUGUCCCAAUAUCUUUGGAAAUCCCCGUCUCAGGGCCAAGAGGUCUGCUGCGGUUUGGACCUGUAGUGUGUCCCUGCUUGAAAUGUAUACUUCUGGUUGUCUCUCGUACGUCCCACCUACGCUGUCGAUCGGCAUUCAGCUGCUCUCCUGUCCCACAGUCCAACCCUAAUACAACACACGUGAACCGGCUAAUCAAGUUUUUCUGGAUUACAGUAAUACUAGAUCAUUUUUAAAAAGGUGUGUUGGAACCAAACUCUAUGUUCGGAUCUCCAUGACCAGGACACCCACCCCUGCUAGAGGCUCAAAUAAAUGUGUGGCGAUGCCCAAAAUCUUAAUGGUGAAAAAAAUGUGAGUAAUUUUACAUAUCAUAAAGUAACACCAUUCGCCUCAACUCUAAACAUUGGCGAACUUUGGAAGUCCAGUCCACCCACUUUAGGAGUGCAGUUUGCAGUCACGUAUUGGAGACGGUCGGCAGGAGGAGGAGCUUGUUUUUAACCGCCCCGCAACGCAAAUAAAAGGAAAAGACGUUUGUUGCGCAGUGCGCACAAGGACAGAAAUACGCGGACAGACUCUACACCGCGAAACUCUGGAAAUAUGGAUCUUUAUAAAACGAUCCCAUUUUCUGUACUUUUAGUUUCGAUUCCCAAAAAUAGGGUUAAUUCGUUUUUUAACAGCAGGGUAUCGCGAUACUGUUCUAGUCUAGACAUGACGUGACGUGCGCCAGAAGCGUAUGUCUAUAAAACGCAUUUCGUUUUGUUACGUUUUCGGGGUAUGGAGAUUAAAUAACCACACGACUGUAUGUUCUAUAGCAGAAUAGAUUUACAUUAGUGACAGGGGACACAAAACAGAGCAGUUAACUGGAGUUCAACCGGAAACCGGAGUUCAGCGCAAACGCCUUGCUGCCACUUUUGUCCUCUCACUCAUCACACAGGUAUGUAACCGAUGGUCACAUACAAAUGAAGUGCAUAAAAUGAAGAACUUUUCUUUGAGGAAGUGGUCGCUUCAAAUAGGAGUUUACUUUGACAUUUAGGCGUGUCUCGUUUAAAACUCCAACGCUGCAAGCGAUCACUUCAGAACGGGUUGCCGCAAGUCUUUCUACACAAGACACUGUUUCCCAGAAUUUCAACAUGUCACUAACACCACUUUGCGUGCUGCUCUCACCGUUGUUUGUAAAAGGUGUGUUUGGUGCUGAUGCAGAUGAAGUGAAGUCAGUGUCAGUGAUGGAGGGAGAUUCUGUCACUUUACACACUGAUGUUACUGACAUACAGAGAGAUGAUCAGAUACUGUGGAUGUUUGGACCUCGAGACACUCGUAUAGCUGAAAUUCGUAAUCAGAAACCCAACACAUAUGAUGAAACUGCAAGGUAUAAAGGCAAACUGAAGCUGAACAAUGAGACUGGAUCUCUCACCAUCACCAACAUCAGCAUCAGGAACUCGGGACUUUAUAAAGUAGAGAUCAUCAACAGCAAAGAAACGUCAGGAAGGAAAUUCAACGUUACUGUCUAUGGUGCGACUGCCAGCAACCGUUCACAUGUCUGUGCCGUCACAGUAGUGGUGUUGGGGGUUUUCGUCGUCAUUGCUGUAGCAGUCAAGCACUGUUGGACCACUAGACAAUCCGCUAGAUCCCAUGCAGAGGGGAGAUCCGUCAAUCUCUUGAACAACGAUAUGAGAGCCAACAGAGAUGAAGUUUCUGUACCACUAGCAGCUGCCAAUGGAGUCCAGCACACUCCAUGUAUAGGAUGAAGACAUGUUGAAGUUUGCAGGUCCUGCUUGAAAGACACAAGAUGCUGACUGCUGACAGUUUACACUGGUUUUUACAAACGCUUAUGUUUCACAUCUGUCGCCUGAAAUGGCACUUAACACUUUCCCACUUUUUGAUGUCUGUGUGUUUGUUGAACCACUCAAGGCCUAAGGUAAGGCCCUAUGAAAAACCAAAGUAUUUCAAAAGUGAAUCGCUUGCAUUACUUUUAUAAUAUAUAUCAAAGAAGUUUAUAUAUUCUUAACUGUUAUGUAUGUGUAGUAUAGAUGUAGAAAAUGCUUAUAUUGUAUGUGGCCUUCUCGGGGCCUGUGCAAUGUGUGGGGCCCCUCCACGCUAUUUUUAAGUAAAUUGUUAUAUUUAUUUAUAAUACGGCACUGAAUCUCAUUUCUAUAUGAUUUGAUAUGAAUAUUUCUUUUCUAAUGCCAAGUCGAGUAUGUCAAGAAACAAUGGCUCCCCGUUAUAUCAUAUUUUAUCAAAAGUAAAAAAGGCCUAAAUACAUAAGCACAUUUUUUUUUACUUGCAUAUUUUGUUGUGUUAUUAUUUUAAUUGAAUGUUUAUAUAUUAUUAGCAAUAAAAAGAAUAUGUCAGAAGAACUGCCUCAACUUCAUACAUAUCCAAAGUUUACCUCAAUACGCAGAGAAAAACAAGAAGCGCGAGAUGUUUGUCCGUUCAUGCGCUCCGUAGUGACUUAAAGGAUUUUUGUUCUGUGGUUUCACAUUUCAGCUGUCACUUGGCAAUCUAGAAGUCCAUUAUUUAUUUUUUCAAU